AUGAAUGAACAAAAGGAUGUUCAGAACGUGUCAGUUAGUAGCAAUCCAUCAUCGCGAAAGGUGGUUCAUUUUAAUGAGACAAUCUCAACUUCCAUGCAAUUCACCACAUCAACUAGUCUAUUGACAACUUCGUCAUCUACAACUUCAUUAACAUUACCAUUGAUUGCUGGAAAAGCAGGUGUACGUUUCAAAAUUACGAUACUUUUUCUCGGUCUUUUCAUUGCUUUGAUUAUCGGUUUUAUUCUCAGUCUUUUGCUUGUCAGUCAGGUGAUCUCUGUUCCAACACAUUCGUUACCAUCUCAUCGAUUCCAUACGACAGUGUGGGAACAUAGUGUAACGAAACAUAAUCAUCGUUUAUUUCAAUACCUGGAUUCAUUUCUCAUCGAUCAAUUAGAUUUGAAUACUGAUGUAUGUCGAGAUUUUUAUGGAUUUGUAUGUCGUAAAUGGUUAACACAACAUCCAUUAUCAUCUUUGGAAUUCAAACGAAGUUGGCUAACAGAGAGUUCACGAAGUAUUCGAUCAAAUUUCGCUCGGAUGUUGACGAAUUACAGUGAAAAUUAUGCAUACAAUUAUCAAAUGGAAUUGCGAGAAAAUCAAACAGAAAUGGUCAGAAGAGAAAAAGAAAUCGUUGAUUUCGACGGACUAACAUCGGGCAAAAACGAAUUGGAACAAUUUUAUUCGUUUCAUGAUGGAUUCGAUGAUACUCACCAUAAACUAGUCAAGCGUCAAUCAUCUUCUCCUCCGAAUGACUUAAACCAAUCAAUAUCGAACAUGUUAUUGUACUACCAUCAAUGUAUUCAUACAUCGGAGUCCGUUCUCUUGCAACAACUACAUCAAUUAGCACACGAUCGAUUUUGGUUUACAAACAAUUAUGAAAUUAUUUUUACUACUAAUCACCUUUACUUUCUCUUUGAACAGAUGAUUGAACACCCACUGUUACAUAUUUGGAAUGUCAACACGAUCAAUUUCCAUACACAAAUUAUUCUCCAUAUUCAACGACAAAUUCAAGAUCAACAAACGCUUUUUUCUACACUUCAAAUUGAACAAGCUAGUUUGUUCGAACAUUACGUGGAAAAGAAUCAGAUUAACCUUUGUUAUCAAUCACCACGCGUUGGACCACUAGCGAACACGUUGAAGGAAUAUCAACAAUUAUUAACAUUUUCAUUUCCAUUUACGAAUUCCACAAUGAGCGAUGACUUGCAUCGCUUAAUCUCGGAUCAAGAUUCUCUUCCUAUCAUUCAUUCAUCUGUAAAACGGUCGAGUGACCUACGCGAUCUAAUUCAAUUUAUCUUAGACAAGCAAAUCAUUGACGAAUCUAAUCAUACAGAGAUCUAUAGUCUCCUACGCAACUUUACGACAGAUUUAGAACAGUAUCUGAUGAAUAUCCCGCUGUUUCGUAGUACAAUUACACAUCAGUGCCAGUUGUUUCUUAGCUAUUACGUCCAUUUUCGAUCAUUCAAUGAGACGAACUAUGAAACUUGGUUAGAUUAUAUAUCAUCGUCGAUUUUAUAUUUGAUUCUGCAUUCGUGGCCAGGUGAUGCAUCGUAUGUCUGUUUGUUUACAACAAUAGUUCGACAGAAUCAGUUGGAGCUGAUUCCGUACUGGAAAAUUUUUCUUGAUUAUAACAAAAAUCAAAUCAAGGAUGUGUCAUCGCCGAUAAUAUCUGCUGAAAUCCGCUUGAUAGAUUUCUUUCAACUGGAUUCAAUCUUUCGAUUUCUUUUUGCUGAUCAAUUUGCACACUACUGCAAUCUAAUGGUUUACAAAUACGGACCAAAGUUGUUACCAUUUGUCAGUGUAUUCCACGAAGGUAUACAGAUUAGCCUAAAAAGCCUUCGGAAACAAAUCUUACAAGAUAAUUCACUAGAGCAAACAAAUCUGCAAUCCUUUUCUCUGUCAUUCAAUAACAUUCCAAGCGAUUGUCUCGCUUUACUUGAAUAUUAUUAUCCAUUUACUUUGUCUUCAUUUUAUGAAGAUUAUAUGUUCAAUAAAACCGAAGAUCUCUAUGCAAUAGCUUAUGAACUUCGUGAUCUACUUCGUUUAUCUCAUUCCAGCAAUGAAUUCUUAUCGUCGCUUCAGUUUCACAUUAAACCUGAACGCUUAAAGCUAUUCGAAGAAUUAUCCCCAACAACGACAGGUAUUCCAUACGAAUAUUAUCCUAUUGAAGACAAUUAUUUAUCCACAGCAUGGAAUAUUAUUGAAAGUUCUCGUGAAGAAUUACUCCAGCCAACUCAUGAAUUCUUUGAAAUCAAUGGCCAUCAUGCAAUGAAACGCGGAAUCUUUCUUCAACCAACUGUCGCAGAACUCUAUGCGAAUGAAUCAACGCGUGUGGCUGCACUCCUAUUGAUUGCGCACGAGCUUGGCCAUGCAUUGUGUCCAUGUGGAGGAAAUCUAACAAAUCGGGAGCAUAUCGCUGAUCUAAUUGCACUGAAUUUGAUUCUUCGAUAUCAAGAGCAGCAAAUGAAUCUAAUUAAUAUAUCAUUUGACGAUAUAAAAACGUUUUUUAUUCUAUACGGUCAAUCGGAAUGUGCACAUAUCAAUCGUGAAAUUAUGACGGUAAUGAUUAAACAGCAAAAUGCUGUCGGAUUACAUCUCAAUCGAGUGUUGAGAGGAAACGAAGCAUUUCAAGCGGUGUUUAACUGCUCUUCGAAUCAACGUAAACAUGCUACGAAAAUCAAUAGUUUAUUGUCGGACAUAUGUGCAGCAUGUAGAGAUAAAAAGAACAACUAA